AUGUUCUUCUGCAGCGGGCCUCCGCGCACCUACGCGGUGGCGCGCGGGCGCGAGCGGCUGGAGGACGUGGCGGUGGCCAUGCACCCGUCGCAGCGCGUGCUCGCGCGCGUCACGUCCUCGCGCGUGGCGCUGUGGAGCGCGUCGCUGGGGCUGGCGGGCACGGGGUGUCGUCUAUUGGCGCGCUGUCGACGCGGCGGCCAGUGGAUCGAGGCGCUGGAGGCGGAGGACGCUCAGGACGGGGAGGAGGGCAAUGACGGACGUCUGCGGGAGAGCGCGUCCCGCCAGCUGUGGGCGGCGUGGGUCUCCGGGGACCGCCUGGCCGUCGUGGAGAAGGACUCGCAGGCCGUCGAGUUCUACGCCUUCGAUGGGCUGCACAAGCUGCUGCAGCGCGCCGAGAGCCACGACAGCCACGCGGCCGAGGACCUUGCGGUGGACGCCAACGCCAUGCUGGACCAGCCGUCGUUCGCCGAGCCGGAGCAGGAGGAGGCGGACAGCACAGCGGCGGCCAUUGGCAAAGGGCUUCAACUUGCGGCCAAGUUCGUGGAGGACUACCCGCUCAACCAGGGCGCGAGUCAGAGCGACUACGACGACGUGGCCACCUCCAUGAGCGCGGUGCCCGGCAGCAAGUACCUGUUCGUGGGCAUGGCCAGCGGCAUGAUCAGCGUCGUGGAAGUGGCCGAGUCGUUGGACGGCAGCGACGGCUCGUCCUCCUCGUGGUUCAGCGCCGGCAGCGACGCCACUAAGAUCUGGAAGAUCGACGUGCGCACCCACCUGGCGGUGCCCGAGGACGCCGAGCCGCCGAGCUGCUACGAUCUCACGUGCGCGUCAGCCGACCUGCCGUCCAAGAUUGCGUCGCUGUAUCUCGUGGCCAGCUUCGAAGGCGGCAAGUGCUUCAUCAUGCUGCUGUCUCCGGCACAGAAGAGUAUCGACCAGCUGCUGUCACUGAUUAACACAGAGAGGGAGACGGAUGCCACGACGACGUCGUCGGGUAAUGGUCGUUGCACGACCACCAAGUUGGACGCCAGCGGAUCCAGGCUCGCACUCGGGUGGUCGGACGGCGGUGUGUCACUGUUUCGGCUAUCGUUGAGAACUGCAGGGCCGAUUGGGAAGGCGAAAAAUGUUACGGAUGAUAAUAAAGAGGUCAAGACGCAGUCCGCGCUGGCGCUGGCGCUGGAGCCCAUUCGCGAGCUGAGCCUCGUGGCCUGGGGCUAUACGCCCGAAGACGUCGGGUCUGUCACGGCGCUGGCGUGGUCGCACGACGGCCGGAGCAUCGUCGUGGGCUACGAGCUGCGCGGGUUCUCACUUUUCUCCACCGACGGCUGCCGACUGAUGUCGAGCUUGCCGCAGCACAACCAGGAGCGACCCGAGAAGAUCGACGAGCACAACAUCAAAGAAGUGUGCGCGUUCGGGGUGCACACGCUAUUGUGGGCGCAGGAGAGCAACUCGCUGAUCGUGGUGCCUCGUGGAGAGCAGUCGACCCAACUCGUCCAGCUGCCGGAAGACGAAAUUUUGCGCGAAGUUGAAGAGGAGAACAACGUGGAGCUGACCGAGGCCUCGAAUCUGUUCGAGACGGUGGAGGCCAGAGUGCAGAAGGGAGAAGAUGGGCUGUGUCUGUCGCUGUCUGGAGCCCCCGGUCGCUGUGGUGCCUGGGUUCGAAGUGACAAGAGCUUUACGAAGCCAGCUGACGGCGGUGUGGGCCCAGCUGAAGCGUGCGGUCAGAUUCAAGGUGGAGACCUGCUUGUAGGGAUCAAUGAUGACUUGAAGGUGGUCAACCUGCCUUUCGAGCAGAUUGUCAGCGUGAUCAAGGAGCUGCCGGACAACGAAGAAGUGGCGCUUACAUUCAUGCGUCUGAAGUGGGAGGACGUCUUCCCUCUGGCUGUUGAGGCGCUGUCUGCGUCCGAGUUCAUGGAUGCGCACGGGAUUCACAUGCUGGAAGAUGAGAACUUGUGUAUUCGCGAGUACGCGCUGCGUAUGCAGGCGCUGCAUGGAGACUGUGAUCUGGAAGAGCGCCCCCCUCUUAUGGAGUUUGAGCGGCGUGCGAAGUUUGACGGGUGGGAGGCGAUUCAGGGAACCUCAACUCGUGUGGCGAAACACAAGUAUGUGAAGCUGUUGUUUGCGCUAUUCCCAGUGUGGAAUCCGAACCACUUCCUGAAUGUAAUCACGGAAUACGGCAACGCAGUGCUCGCUCAGAAGCUUUACCUCGCGAAGCAGAAGAGGCUCAGGGAACUGCACGCCCACCGAGAACUCGUGAAGAUGCGCAAGCGAUCAUCUAUGGCCUUUGCUGAAUUUGAUUUCGCUAAAACCGUGCCGCUCUCUGGAGGUAAAUCGUCUCAUUUGGCCUUGCUUGAAAGCAAGAGUGUUCGCUUGGUGGCUGCGUCCUCACUUGACGAUCCAUGCGCGCUGACCUCUUGCGUGAACUGGAGUGUGCCAACUGAGUUCGAAAAGUGCUGCCCUCUCCGCCUUGUGGCUCUGAGUGCAAGCGGGAAUCACAUGGCAGUGGCUGGCCAAAGAGGCUUUUGCUUGCUGAAUAUUGUGACAGGAAAGUGGCGGAUGUUCGGCAACGUGAACGAUGAGCAGGACAUGUUCGUGUAUUCGCUGCUGUGGGUGGGCGAAGACGCGAUUGUGGUGAACUUCACGCGAUUUAGUGAGAAGCACCAGUCGCUGCACUUGCAGGCGUAUCCUAGGAAUCAUCUGGAUGAGGAAUCGAUUUUGGAGCAGUUGGUGUUCGCGCGUGAAGGCGAUAACGCCGCGCGUAGUCGAGGAGCAGCAGCAGUAUCAGGCGGGCGCUCUAUCGGGGACGACGCUGACGACUGUUUCUACAUCAUGGAUAGUGACAACGCGCAGAAGAAUCUGUUUUGCGUGUCGAGGAGUGAAUUAUGGUGCUUUGACCUCAAGCACGGGGGCACCAUUAAGCAGAACGACCUCAGAAUGGAGAUUCAGCUCAAGCGCCAAGUCAAUUUGCCGUCACGGGUAGUGGAGUCCCAGCCCAUUGGAACGUGCAGGCGAAACAGCAUUCUGAAUUUCGCGGUGCUGCCGCGAUUCUUACAUAUUCAGGAUGAAAAGUUGAGAGAGCAACAGCAGCGUAAGUAUCAAGCAGAGCGCGAGCACGAGCAGGACGAUGAAGGUUGGCUAUCGAGCUUCGUGAACAUGCUCGUGGGGGGCGAAGUUCCCGACCAGUACACACCGGAAGAAGUACUGCCGCGAUUCGCAUUCCUCGACAGUGCAGGUGAUGUGAUUGUGUGGGAUCCAGAGAAUCGGUCGCAACGAUUAUUGUGUUCCAACGUGAGUACAAUGGCCAGACUAUUCGUGACGCCACAGGCCUGCGCGUCAUGGCCAGCUCCCUGCCGACUCAUUUACGGAUUGUACGGUCCUGAAGGCAUGAGGGUGUGGCUACCGUUGUUAGACGGUGUAUAUAUGACGCACACCAGGGCUUUUGAGCAGGACAGUCGUCGGCUGGAGACUUUCUUGGCUUGCCAUGAUCCUUUACGAGCGAAAACGUACGAGAUUGAGUUUGGUACAGCACCUGCCACCGCUGAAUUGUACGAGCAAGUUAUCAGCGAGUACGGGAUCGCGUUGGAAGGCUUCCUGUCCAGUGGAACUGGUGUUGGCUUGGGUACUGGUAGAAUGCCCCUCAAGGACGGGUAUACCAACAUGCGUGGAUGCGUGACGUCGGUGGACGAUCCGUCUGCGAAGGAUGGCAUGCUGCGGUUUGACUUCGACGUGAAGGUGCUUGGUGCUGAACAAGCAUUUGGACUGCUGGUCGGUGUAUCACAAGAUGUGUACGUGCCUUCGGGCGUGCUGCUCCCGUGCUACGACGUGUUUGCUCGUGUGCAGCCCAUUUUCCACACGUUGCUGUGCUUCCUUGUCCAGAACGAGCAGCUUUCGUGGGCGCGUCUGGUGUUGGAUGGCGUCCGCAAGCAGUUUGCCUUGUCUACUCCUACGCAGGAGCUUUUCCUUCACUCCAUGCUGGAAGCGUGCUUCGCGAAGCGGUGUCCAGAGGACAAACUACACACUGCUAUCCAGCUACUGCGUCCUGGGGAAGGAGAGCAGCAACCGGAGGUUGAUAUCGCGGAGUACUGCGAGAUUGUAGCGCACGUGGCGCGUAAGAGCGAGCCAUCACGCCUGAAGGUGCUGUUCCCUGCUGCAGGGGACCCCAUGGAUCUACUCGCGAUCUGCCAACAACGAUCAGAGCUACGCACGGCUGCGAACUUCUUGCUCAUCUUGGAGGAGUGUUCAACGGCGUCAGGUUCAUCGCUGCCUCUGCGAAUGGAGAGUGCCGCUGAGCUGCUGAAGGAGUGCGUAGAUCAAGAAGAGUGGGUGCUCGCGCAGCACGUCGUACGCGUCGCGCGCGAUUGGGAGCACCCACAGUUCGAUGAUUCGUCGUACUCUCACCCGCUCCCUUCCGAGGACACCAAGCAUAGCAUUGAUGAACAGCUCGCAGCUCUGGUUUGGGAUAACCUCAUGCGCGGCGAGUAUGAGCGCGUGGUGUGGUGUGUCGAGGAUCUGCAGGCGAAGCUGCCGCUCAAGUCACCUGAAGAGCGGCAGCAGGAGGAGGGCAGCGCAACUAUUCUAGACCGGCUGUACCAGGUCUUCAUCCAGGGCAACAAGCGGAGACAGCUCAGGUAUGGAGCAACCAGCUAUUGUUCUGUGUUGGAUAGUAGCGUGCGUGCUGACGCUGUGACUUGA